AUGUCGUAAUAUAAUACCUUUUCCUUUGGCAUUAUACAUAUUACAAAGCCGAUGAAAAACUUUUGACGAAUGAAAGGGUUCUUUUAAAUACUGUGAAAGUGCAUAAAGUGAUACGUAAACGAAUCCGCGCGGAGAACAGAAAGGGAGCCCCGCUGCGGUCAAACGGCUAGAUGCAGGCGCGUGACGCGCUGUCGCCGCCCCGUUUCCUGUCACUGCCAUCGUGCAUCACUUGAUUUCUCUGUAAGGAGCACAUGCUCAUCCAGUCACCCUGUACACAAUACUGCUUAUCAAAAUGCUCCAAACUUGCAUCAGUCACUAUAAAAAACUCGGUGUUCUGCUGCUGCUGGCCGCUGUCGUGGGUAACGGUCAUGCAUCACAAAACGUGAGCAGCUCAGGCCCGGGGACAGCGACUCCGACGGCUGGCACUGGACACAAUCACUCCGUCAGCUGGACGUCCCUGGCGGCCAGUACCACUGGCCUGCACUUUAACUCCACCACUGGUAAGGAUGGAAUGUCAAACGGUACGACGGCAGCUGUGACCAUGUCAAGCCUGGGCAGCAAUCAGACGAGCCGGAUGAUGAGUGUCCCUGCCAGGGAAAACUCCGGCAAAGACAGCUUGACCAGCACGACCCCCGAACGUGCAACCAACGCAGAGAAUGGCAACAUCGUCUUAGGAGUUCUCAUUCUAAUCUUUUUCAUGGCCAUCAUCGGUAUUCUGAUCGUCGUAAUUUGGUAUAUACGCAAGAAAACGAGGCAAUACUCUUUUGACUUGUACCAGAAAGACGAGGUUGACAUUCCUUUAAGCUCUGUGGGCCAAGGAGGAGUGUUUGCACCCAACCAAAAUGAUGAGAAACCUGCAGACUUCGAAUACGUUGCCAAAGACGAGAGCGACGUGACCCCCGGGGAGAGCGAGCUGCAGGCUGGAGAGGAGACAAGGGGCCCUGAGGACGUAGAUUCAGAAAAGUCGGACAGCUUUGGCUCCCAGAUUGCCUUGACGCCCAAAGAGAAGCCUCUUGAGUUCAACUUCAACCUGAUUGACGGAGAAGCCAACCAAUCCAGCGACACCUUCACGGACACCCUGGGGGAGCCACAGAAUGAAAAUAACAACAACGCUGGGGGCAGGCUGCCGUCCAGCCCAGACUUUCCUACGGCGGUUCCCUCUGGUGCUGAGAUCUUCACCGAGAUCAGCCUGGAUGAGCCCGUAUAGCAUGGCUGGUUCCCUCAACCUUUCUUCACACUUUGAACUUAUAAGGUCUGACCGCUUUCCCGGAACUAAAGGGAGACGCAUGAGUCCUUUGGCUCCACAUUUCAGUCCAAACUGACGAGACCCUCCUGCACCGUGGCCUCCUGCCUGCUCUCCUACCUUCUGCUCUGCUCCUCUCCGUUUCAUCUCCAUGAACAUGCUGCACACUUUGCUAAUAGCUGAUAGGAGAAAACCACUAAAAACACGAAGACAAAUUUGUACAGGAUCGAUGCCAUGUUUUUUCUCAAUGAAGUAAAUGUAACUGUGCAAAUGACUGCAAUUCAUUCUAAUGACAAUUUAUAGUCAAAACUUGUUGCAACAAACUAUUUUUUCUGUGUAUAAUGAACUAUAUUUAAGACAUAAAAGCUGAAUAUAGAAGGAUGUGAAUUGUAAAUUAAUUUCUGUAAAAAUUAUGCAAUCUCUUUAAAGUCUGCUGUCACUUCUGCUCUGGAGGUUUGAGACCUCUCUUGAGCACAGCAGUGUCUUCGCUUUGCUUGUCUGUUUUGCAGACAUCUGAAGGUGAACAUGGGGCAAUAAAGAUCAGAUGAGACUCAUCA